UAGAUGUUUCUACAUCCCUCUUCAGCUGACUUGUCUCCAGAAUGAAAUGUUGAGUAUUUGACAUGUUGAAUCAUGCUGAGCCUUUCUUAACACCGAAUCCGAUUUAUAGAUGUGAAUAGAUUCAGAUGAGGAUGGCUGGGAUUGUUGGAACAUCGACAGAGAUAAAGUGUGUGAUUCUUCAGAGAACAUUCAAAUGGAUGUGAAAGCGUGUUUACCGCACACAUGUGGAGGUGUUCACGUGUUGAGUUCCUGUGAUAAGAAGAUCAACUUCAUACCUGCUGUCUUUUGUGUUUCUGUCCUCAUCUUUUCUCUGCUGCUUUUCUAAACAUCUUCACGUUUCACACAAUCAUAGCAGUUAAAAACGAAACCCUGAAGAGUUUGGAUGGAGAAUCUGCUGGAGGGUUCACAGAAUCCGUUUUGAAUGCUUAAGUGAUUUAGAUUCGAUGUAUCUUGAUUUUUUUGUGAUUUUAUAGAUGCGUGUGAUCUGUGUGCGUGUGUUGGAUUCCUUUGAUUUCGUGGAGCACAUGCAGACGGCAAGCGUAAGGGUUCCGACCGAGUUUAAAUCUCAAAGUGAGACUUGAUGCCUGAAAUGGAUUCAUUUGAUGGAAAAUAGUGAUUCAGUGAACGCGCUGCACAGACGACAGGGCCGGAAUCAGACGAGCGACGCUUCUUCCUGUUUGCUGCGGCUGUCGAUCCGAACGCAGGCCGAGGGAUUUUGUUUUUCGGAAACUUGCGACCGUUUCGAAACGAGAUGAUGAUGGUGAUGCGCUGGGAGCGAGGGGCGUGUGGGCGAAGGGGGGAGGGGUGUUAAACACCUUUAUGAGAAGACAGGAAGACAGACGAGAGAGAAGAACGACAGGAAGAAAAGGUUGAGAUCCCCACAGGAGAACGUCGAAGCCUGAACUGUCACAGAGAAGUCAGAAACACACGGAUGCUAUGACACAGACGUCUGUACGACUGCUGCCCUCCGCACCCAUGAGGGGCAGAACGGUGGCGAUGUCUCCAGGAGAGGACGGUCUAAUCGGGAUUCCCUUCCCUGAGCACAGCAAUGAGCUCCUGUCCCGACUCAACGCUCAGCGGCGGUCGGGGCUGCUCUGCGACCUCACGCUGACCUCACGUGGCACACGACACCCCACGCACCGCUCUGUCAUGGCCGGCGUCAGUCUGUACUUCCGCCGUCUAUUCGGGGCAGAGGAGGGUGAGGACGGAGGUGAGGGGGUGGGCGACAACUGUAGCGUGUGCCAGUUGGACUGCGUGUCACCCGACGCACUGGCUGCGCUGCUGGAGUUCGCCUACACCGCCACGCUGACCAUCCGCAGCUCGGGCAUGCGAGAAGUCUUGAAGGGGGCGCAGCUCCUGGGCAUUCAGUGUGUGGCAGAUGCCUGCCGGGACAUCCUGGGUGAGUCGGGUGACGAUCUGACGGACCCAGUGGAGGAGGCAGAACAGCUGCCGUCCCGCCGCAAACAGGACAGAUGCUCUGUGGUCAGAGCAUCGUCCCCCGUGAGACCUGCAUGGCGCAAUUCCCAUCACGAAACGGCACCCGUGUCCGAGGAAACGCCCGAGUAUGGGCUGCUUCCCACACAGGGGCGAGAAGGACACCCGCCGGCUGCUGCCGGGCAAGACGGAGCAACGCACCGGGGCAUGCCGAUAAACGGAAGUUCUCACUGGCUGCAGGAGUCCACUCUGAUUCCUUACCGACCCGAAGACAUCCCGUCAGACGAGGACGAGUCGGGCCUGAAAGGACGGGUCACGCCCCACAACAACCAACCGCACGGGGAGGGAGAAAGGGGCGGAGUAACAGUGGGAGGGGGCAGGAAGAGGAAGUCUCAGACACCGCAGCAGUGUCCCGUCUGUCAGAAGAUCAUCCACGGAGCAGGAAAGUUGCCACGUCACAUGAGAACGCACACGGGAGAGAAACCCUUUCAGUGCCCGACCUGCGGUGUCCGUUUCACACGGAACGACAAGCUGAAGAUCCACAUGAGGAAACACACGGGCGAGAGGCCGUACUCCUGCCCCAGCUGCCCCGCUCGCUUCCUGCACUCCUACGACCUGAAGAACCAUCUGUCGCUACACAGCGGCGAUCGGCCUUUUGAGUGCCCGCUGUGCCACAAGGCCUUCGCCCGCGAGGACCAUCUGCAGCGUCACAGAAAGGGCCACAGCUGCCUGGAGCUGCGCACCCGUCGCCCGCGCCACGGGAACAGGCCCCCGGACCCCGCCUCCUCGCCGACCCCCGAUCCGUUCGGCCUUCACCCCGACAGCAUGAGCGCGCUUGCGGCCGCCCGACACCUGUACGCCCAGGAAAGCCGCGGCGUGCCGGUGCAGCUGCUGGGGGCCGGGGUGCCCCUCCCUGAGAUGCUGUGGCGGCCGACGGGUGGUGAAAUGAUGAAUAAAGGCGGGGGGGACUCAUCUCCGCAUGCAUCAGUUACACGAAAACCAUGGGAGGAAGAUGAAGAGGAAGAAGAGGAAGAGAAGGUUUUCAAGGUGGAGAGAGAGUGAAAACACUGAUCUGUGUGUGUGUGGGUGAUGGGUGAAACAGGGUCUGAAACUGUUUUCUUCAGUUUGUGUGAGUAUAGAUCUGUAAGCAUGUGGUUGUUGUUCACGCUAUGCAAAAAUGAAUCCUAAAAGAGUGAUUGAACAAAGGUGACAUAGAAAGCAGGUUGAAUAAGGAUGGUGUGAUGAUGAAUUUAUGAAUCCAGUGAAGAAGAAGAAAGAGCUCUCUUACAUUUACUCUCAUUCCAAAAGAAAAGAGUUUUUGUCUCUUAGACCACAUACUGAGGCAAGUUUGAACUAUAUUUGUAUGAAUAUGACACGUCUUCAUUAUUCAGAUAUAUGUAGCCUUUAAAACGUCUCUUUCUCUGAAACUGGACCAGGCCUCAGUUUAAAAGGGCUUUUGUUGAAUCUUAAAGGAAAACGCUUGUAGUUUUUAUGUUUGUUUGUUUUACUUUGGGUUAAAGAGCUUUGAAGAAUAGAAAUGUUUCCUUUCUAUAGUAUAUGACGGACGGAGAACUCUUUUGUAUACAGCUGUAUUUAUUUAUUUGUUGGUUUGUUAUUUAUUGUGGCGUUUCGGUUAUUCUGCAUCUCUUUCUCUUGAAGUUCCUCGAGCGCCGGUGUAAAACAAACGUUCACCGUCUGGUCUGGGAUCAGUUUUGCCUUUUUUUUCCAAUAACGUCCUCAGGUAGAUGUGGUGUGAUGUCUGAUCUCUGAUCAGUGCUGUGUUUAUAUCUGCUGUUUGUCUCGCAUCACAUUAUUCUGAACGCUCAGGUGCUGUAGUGAACCGCAAAGAUUUCUGGGAUUUUUCUGCAGUCUUUUCUCUUUGCGAAGUUUUGCACACAAAAUGUCUAAAUGAAAUGGCCUCCAGUGACCAGAGUGAGACAAAGAGAAAUCUUGCCUUUAUGGAGCAAAUACACAUAUCUGAGAUAUUCAAGAUAUAAGAUGAUGUAUGAAAAUGAUUUAAGUGUAGUCAGCUUAAGUGGUGUGCUGAAGGGCUCAUGUCAGGAUGCAUUCUGGGUAAUGGAGUCGGCGGUGUGUGUAACUGUACUGUUGAACAUAGGAGAAAUGACCCAAAGUGGUUUAUUUGCACUAAUACGGGAUCUUUGUGUUUGGAAAUAUAUUCUUAUAUUCUUUAUGUUCAUAAGCAAACUAUGAUUGUAAAUCCUUAAUUUCAUAAAAAAUGACAAAAAAAAACAGCUUGACCAUGAAUAUUAAAUGCUUCUGAAAUGUAUGAUGUAAUAAGGUGACGCUGCAUUGAUUUCAUUUUAUUUGAUAUUUUGCAACUAUUCUCAGGAAAUCUUGAGCCAUGCACUAAGAGGUUAUGCAAAUGUUUGGUGAAAUAUUAAUUUAUUGUAUAUAUAAUUGUGUUCAGAAAUAUAACAUUGUUAUAAAGUAAAGUUUCGUUUACUUGCAUCUGUCAUUUAAAAAAAAGAAGUUUAGUUAAUGAUGGGAUUUAUAUGAAAAUCAAAUGAAUUUUUUUGGUUUGGCUGUGUUGUGUUCUUGUAAGGAUCGGUGCUGGUUUAUAGGUGAAGGGACCGCUGGUAAAACCCCUCUUAUUCAGGGAUAUUUUUCUGUUCAUAGAGUGAAAUCUUUCUGUUAUAAAAUGUUGUACAAAUACAGAGCAAAUAAACAAAGAUUUAUGCACAAACACAUCACGUUUUCUUUCACUCUAAAAAAAUCCGUAAAAAUAAUACAAUAUACUGGAUUAAUAUGGAGGAAUUUUCCGUGUUCAUUUUUUACAGUUGUUUUACCUGUAUUUUACAUUUUGCACUGCAUUAAAUUACAUUUUAGCAUCAACGGAAAUGUCCGUAAAAUAAAG